AUGGCGGCGGCUAUGCCAAUUAACCCCAAGCCAUUCCUUAACAGCCUCACAGGAAAGGCAGUUCUUGUAAAACUUAAGUGGGGCCAUGAAUAUAAAGGUUUGCUUGUAUCUGCCGAUGGUUAUAUGAAUUUACAGCUCGCUAAUACUGAAGAAAUGGUUGACGGUAAUUGUACAGGAAAUCUUGGAGAAGUAUUAAUUAGGUGCAACAAUGUUCUUUACGUAAGAGGAGCGGAAGAAGAAGAUGAAGAGGGAGAAAUGAAAGAGUAA